AUGAACUCCCUCUUGACCCUCGCUCUGGCAGCUGCCACCGUCGCUGCUCCUACCAGCAGGUCCUAUCCCACUGGCCACCAUGGUCACACCAGCAAGAACGAUAGCUAUCUUGUCUCGCUCGGCCCGCGUCCGUACUAUAUCAUCAACAACAUGACCGACGGGCCUUUGAAGCGGAAGCUCCAGUCAUGCGAGAACAAGCCUGUCACCAUCAACCAAUUCACGAUUGGUCACCGUGGCGGUGGAACCCUUCAGUUCCCGGAGGAGACCAGGCAGUCUGAAGACGCAGGUGCCCGCAUGGGUGCUGGUGUUCUCGAGUGCGACGUCUCGUUUACUGGCGACCGAGGGCUUGUCUGUCGCCAUUCGCUCUGCGAUCUACACACGACUACCGACAUCCUCGUGCGUCCUGAGCUGGCAAAGAAGUGUACAGUCCCCUUCACCCCAGCCAACGCAACAUCACCUGCCAAUGCCCUUUGCUGUACUUCGGAUAUCACCACAGCCGAGUACAGCAGUCUUUGCGGUAAGCAGGACGGCUUCAACGCUUCCGCUCUCACCCCCCAGGACUACCAGUACGGCACUCCCACCUGGCGAACAGAGCUAUACGACACGUGCGGAAAGGUUCUGACCCUGAACGAGUACAUUGACCUUGUUAAUGAGUAUCCUGGCUACCGCAACUUCACGCCCGAACUCAAGACCCCUCCCGCCCAGGUCCCCAUGCCCUUCAAGGGUUACACCCAGCAGCAAUAUGCCCAGGACAUGGUCGAUGCCUUCCGCAACAAGUCCAUCGACUACAGCCGUAUCUGGCCCCAGUCCUUUACCUAUGACGACAUUGUCUUCUGGCUCAAGUACGACCACGACUUCGGCAAGCAGGCCAUCUACCUUGUCGAAUACGACACCCCCGAAGACCUCGCAGCCGGAACGGCCAACCUCACCAUCGCCAAAGCCGCGGGCGUCAACAUCAUCGGCCCCGCCCUACCUAUGCUUCUCUCCGUCGGCGACAACAAGACCAUUGUGCCGUCUGCGUAUGCCAACGCAGUCAAAGCCGCUGGUUUUGACAUCAUCGCAUGGACGUUCGAGCGCUCUGGGCCGCUGGCAACAGUGAAGAGCAGGGAAGAGUACUACUUCGAGUCUAUUGCGAAUGUCACGUACUAUGAUGGGCAGUACUACGAGGUGCUGGAUGUGCUGGUCAAUCAGAUCGGGAUCAAGGGGCUGUUUACCGACUGGGCGGCGACGGUCACGUACUUUGCCAACUGCCUUGGCCUGAAGGGGCCAGUUGGCGGCAGCUACAAGUAG